AGCGAAGAGAGGGGAAAGGGGUGAAUAGGUAAACUGGGACCUGUUAGCACAAAGUAAGAGGAGUUUGCAGAAUUGUUACCAGCACGGGGAAAGUGCUUUAAGGAGUUAUUAAAGAGACAAAGAUCUUAGAGGGGAGAGAGAGCAGGACACACUUUAGAUUUUCAGACAGAUGAAAAAUGGACACUGUACACUUGCCCCCCGUGCUAGAAGAUGCUGCGCAUGUGCUCUGCAAGAGAAUUCCUCUAGGGACAUCAUUUUCCCGGAGCUGCCAAUAAUACGUCAAGAAAAGAAACUUGGGAAAUGCCAGCGGAGUUCAGGGCAAACUGAUACCUUCGACUGUUGCACCCUGAGCCAGUCCUUUCACACAAAGUGAUACUUUUGCAGAACCAGGGAUGCUGAAAUCAAUGCGUUGGGAAUCGAUGGAGUGCACCAUUCCUGCUCAGUGCCAGUUGCUCUUCCGAGCCUGUGAGGACGGAGAUUAUGAGAGUGCCAAGAGGCUGCUGGAACCUAGCUCCGAGACCUUCGGGGGUUCCGUUUCUUCCCAGUUAGCUAUUGGUGCCCGCAGCAGCUUGUCUUGUGUUGGGGUCCGGCAGGGGGAUGGCCCGGGAACUGUGGAUUUGCCGGGGAGCGGAGGAGGGGGGCCCGAGCCGCCCCAGGUGCCAGUAGACUGUACGGACGAGGAUGGAAACACCGCACUACAGCUGGCGGCCGGGGGAGGCCACGAACCUAUCGUCAGAUUUUUACUUAGAAAAGGAGCCUCUGUGGACAGCAGGAACCACUAUGGCUGGACCCCACUCAUGCAGGCUGCCAGGACAGGUCACCUAAAUGUUGCAAUGAUACUUUUAGAAAAUGGUGCAGAUGUGAAUGCACAGAACCGUCUGGGAGCCAGCGUCCUCACAGUAGCUUCAAGAGGAGGUCAUGUGAAUGUUGUCAAGGAACUUCUAGACCAUGGAGCUUUUGUAGAUAACUAUGACCAUUUUGAUGUUAAUAUGGUUAGUAGAAAUGGAGAAAUUGAGGAUAUGCCUGAUAUAACAGCACUGAUGACUGCCACACAACAUGCCCAUGAAGCUGUGGUACGUCUACUGCUGGACUGGGGAGCAGAUGUAAACUAUCGAGUGAAGACCACAGGCUGGAAUCCACUGAUGCUGGCAGCACUUCAUGGACGUGUGAGUGUGGCACAGCAGCUUGUAGAUAGGGGAGCUGAUCCUGACCAAGUAAACAUUUUGGACAAAACACCGUUUGAAAUUGCACUUAACUUUAAGCAUAAAGAUAUGAAGGAUUAUUUGGAUUCUAUCACAAAGAUUAGGCCAAAAACUGAUGAAGAAAAGAGAAGACCUGACAUAUUUCAUGCUGUGAAGAUGGGAAAUGUACAGUUGGUUAAAUUGAUUAUUGAUGAAGAUCCCAGCCAAGUGAAUGCUGUAAAUGCAGAUGGAGCAUCUCCUCUGAUGAUAGCUGCAGUGACUGGAAAACUGGAACUGGUACAACUUCUGGUUGACAAAAAUGCAGAUAUCAACAAGCAGGACAGUGUUCAUGCUUGGACAGCACUAAUGCAGGCCACAUACCAUGGAAACAAAGAAGUGGUGAUAUUUUUGUUAAAUCAAGGUGCGGAUGUCACUCUACGUGCAAAAAAUGGAUACACUGCGUUCGACCUAGUGAUGCUGCUAAAUGAUCCAGACACUGAACUUGUGCGACUGCUGGCAUCUUUUUGUUUGCAGAUGGACAAGGAAAAGUCCAAGCAGAAGAGUAAAUCUCAGUUGCUCAGCACUAUGAGCAAACAAUCUUUUACCAUUCCACCACCAACUGAAGACAAGGCUGGAUUAAAGUCAUGGUGGAACAGAAUGUCUAAUCGUUUUAGAAAGCUGAAACUUACACAAACUCUGAGACAUGGAUUCUCAACGAACCGUCUAGUGCCUUUAACAGAAAAUGCAAGUGCAUCUUUAGACUCCAUGCUAAGAUUCACUUCACAGCCAGAUGCAUCUAGCCCCAGAAGACCUGACUCAACUACAGCGUGGACUGCUACCAGAAAGGACAGUGGGCUGGGUAGUACAAAGAUUGAGAAUGAUGACAUACUGUUAACUACUAUGCUAAAUAAUGGGGCUCCGUUUGCCAAACUUCCCAAUGACAAGCUGAAAGCUGUGAUUCCACCAUUCUUGCCUCCUUCAAAUUUUGAUCUCUGGAAUUCUGAUCGGUCUAGGAUCAGCAGGGAUGGGAAAAUGGAACAGACCAGAGCUUCUAUGACACCAAGACACUCAAAACCUAGUUUUAAUAGCAGUGGGAACUCUGAUAUUACUUCUGUCAGCCGGACACCAAGAAAUGUUAAAUUUCCAAGCUUGUCAAGAAGCCCCACUUCUCCUUCAAACUCUGGAAGUUUUAACCAUUCUCCUCAUUCUUCUGGUGGAGCCAAUAGUGUUUCAGGAAGUGCAGAAAAUGUCCUGUCACAAAUAGCAGCUCAAAGGAAGAAAGCAGCCAAUUUGUCUGAACAGAAAAAAGCUCAACUACACAGUCCAAAUAUUACAGCUGCUGCUACCAUUGUGCUUGAUCAACAAAGUUCUAACCCAAUCAUCAAUGGACAUUUACCAAAGAAAAUUGAAAUACUAAAAAGACCUCCGUCUGGGGCUUCUUCUACCUCUAAGAGUACAUCUCCAACCCUGACUCCAUCCCCCUCGCCUACACCUAAGGGUCGUCUUGCAGACUCCUCAAUGUCUUCAUCUUCUUCUCAUAAGCAGUCCAAAAGCAGUGGGGGUUCCAGCAGUGGAACCAUAACCGAUGAAGAUGAGCUGUCUGCUAUUCUUAAAAAAUUAUCUUUGGAAAAGUACCAGCCUAUUUUUGAAGAACAAGAGGUUGACAUGGAAGCUUUUCUUACUCUCACUGAUGGAGAUUUAAAGGAGUUAGGAAUAAAGACAGAUGGGUCCAGGCAGCAGAUUUUAGCUGCUAUUUCUGAGCUCAAUGCUGGAAAGGGUCGUGAGAGACAGAUCCUACAAGAAACCAUACACAAUUUCCAUUCUUCUUUUGAAAGCAGUGCUAGCAACACCCAACCUAUGGGAGCUCAUCAGUCGCCUUCAGUCAGCACAAAGCCGAAAGUUCCAGUUUCCAAUAAGAGGUAGCACAGUGCCAGUUACAGGUGGUGGAUGAAAACAUACAAAGCUUUGUAUCCAGAUGACCAGAAGCUGGUUUGAAACCUGCUGACCCCAGCGUCUUGUCUCAAGUGGGGCACAAAGACCCUGAAGCAAGUUUUACUUAACGUUGAAGCUGCGCAGGAAGCGAGUUAGUAUGCGGCAUGAUGGUACAAUAUGCAACAUUAAAAGCCAAGCACCGAUGCUAAAAGGGACACAGCAGUGUUGAUUACUGGGGCUAAGUAUGGCUUCACAAAAAGUCCUGAACUAGAAAGAAAAAUUAAGAAAAAGAAACCUCUAUUGUAUGUAAUAUGAAAUUAAGACACACAGUUUGAGGAAUGUAUUAACAUAAUGGCAAGAUACUUUGCACACAUUGUAUAUUUAGAUCUUGGGCGAGGAAGCAGUGAUUAGUAAGUAAAAACUAUGCAUAUCCCAGAAACCAAUCAAUGUUUCACACCAGCAGUUUAGGCGCCAAUUGCACUUCUCACAUCCAUUCAUCCCCUCUUGCAAGUAACACCUGUCUCUAUUAGUUGCAUGAUACUUUGUAAUCCUAUCACAGUAACACAACAGCAUUCACAACUGUGAGUUUCAGGUAUCACCUCUCUGAAGAGUUACAAUGUUAUUGGAUCAAUGGAAGAGUUUCUAUUGAACUGAAGAAGCUGCUCAGAGUGAAAUGUCAAUGAUUACUCAGCAAGUCCAGUUGCUCUAGAUUUAUUUAUACUAGACCAGCGGUUCUCUACCUGUGGGUCAGGACCCCUUUGGGGGUCUAACAGCCCUUUCACAGGGGUCGCCUAAGACCAUCGGAAUACACAUAUUUGUUGCGGCAUUAAUAAGGUUGAGAACCACUGUAACUAGACAAACCCAUGGCUGUUACCAUCCUUGACGCGCAGAUGUGCCAAAGUGUCAUUAUGUUGGCAGAGGAACUGUGAAUUCUUAGAUAUUUGUUUGACUUGAUUUAGGCCACAGGCUCCCUUUACCUGUUUUACAGAAUAAAGAUGCAAUAAAAGUGAAGAAUUAUAUUUAAUUGAUUACAUUUUUCAUCAAUUAUGUUGUGAGAGGAUAUAAUUAAAAGUCAUUUAAUUUCA